CGCGGCUUUAGUCACUAUUCAAAAUGGCGAAACAUCACCCUGACUUGAUCUUUUGUAGAAAACAAGCUGGUGUAGCCAUUGGCCGAUUAUGUGAAAAAUGUGACGGAAAGUGUGUCAUUUGCGACUCGUACGUGAGGCCCUGCACGCUGGUGCGCAUCUGUGACGAGUGCAACUACGGCUCCUACCAGGGUCGCUGCGUCAUCUGCGGAGGGCCGGGAGUCUCUGAUGCCUACUACUGCAAGGAGUGCACCAUCCAGGAGAAAGACCGGGAUGGUUGUCCCAAGAUUGUAAACCUUGGCAGCUCCAAAACAGAUCUCUUCUAUGAACGGAAAAAGUAUGGCUUCAAGAAGAGGUGAUGUGUUGGAAGUGAAGCUGGAUCAUCAAACACAACAGCUCUAUUUCUGCAGUCUGACCACAUCCAGAAUUCAAAUGGACUGAUGUAGAUGUGAAUGAAUGGGGAGCCAAAAACAAAGACUAUAACUGCUGUACCCUCUUCAUUACAUUCAUAGUGCAAACACCGCCACAGUCUGCUCCCUGUUGUACAAAAUUUCAGUGUUUUUCUGCA